UCACGUCGGGCCGCGUCGUUAUGACCGCGGGAGCUUUACUGACGUCACUAAGUUUGGACAUGAUUUCAAAACAAAGCUUGUAAAUCAAUCCUAACUGCUUUAUAUUUCGUCAUGAUUUUUUUUGUUGAACUUAACUCUUGUGUGACUUCCGUAGUGCAGAUUGUGCCCGCAACACUGCGGUGAAUGGAACAGAUCCCACAUCUUCAACAGAAUUUAGCCUAGAGGCAUCUGAGCAGCGGAACUCUUCCAGGGUUGAAUUGGUCUCUGUGAUGGAGACCCCAAACACAAUAAGCGUCUGCCCCGUGGGCAGCUUAAGUGCUGACUUGUAUUCUGGGAACAACUUCAGAAAACCUGCAGACUCCCAAACUUUAACUGCAUGUCGUCCAACCAUGCCGGUCAUCAAAGUGCAGCCAUUUAUUUCUGGAGACGGUGCGGAAAGAAGUUGGAUCCGAAAACUGCUGGCUCAUAGUGUGGAAUUGUUCAUUUGCGCAUUGAUCAUCGUGGUGGUCUGUCUGGCCUUUGUUUUUGGCUUUGGAGGGCCUGGGAGCUGCGUGGGGAAGUUUCAGUGCGGCUUUUCAUCUCAGUGCAUAAUAAGUUCAGCCCAGUGUGAUGGAAAGGUGGACUGUGACAAUGGCGAGGACGAGCUAGGCUGUGUGCGUCUCAGUGGGCGGAGUUCAGUCCUGCAAGUCCAGAAAGAAGGUGUGUGGAAGACAGUCUGCUCAGAAGACUGGAAUAAUUGGCUUGGAGCGUCUGCCUGCAAACAACUGGGAUUUAACAGUUAUGUCGAGUCGUUGUUCAUCCCGCUGACCUCCAUCGAGCAGAAUCUUCAGUACGAUCUGGUGUCCAUCAGCCUCAGCAGUAACCUGACCAUAAAGCUCCAAAACACUGCAACUUUCAGUAAACCCCAAUGCACCUCGAACAAAGUGACAUCGCUGAAAUGUCUGAAGUGUGGCGUCAGACCGAAAUACGCGCCUCGUGUUAAGCACUCGGUUCAAAUUGUUGGAGGAAACCUCUCCAGGCCUGGUCAGUUCCCCUGGCAGGUUAGCCUCCAUUUCAACAAAGUGCACCGCUGUGGCGGCUCCAUCGUAUCUGCAUUCUGGAUUGUCACAGCAGCACACUGUUUAUUUGGGUUUAUCAACCACUCCAUGUGGACGGUCCACGUGGGAAAAACAAUGCAGCAAGCCGAUGGUCCCCAGUCUCUUGCAGUGGAGAAGACGAUCUUCCACAUUCUUUAUGACCCCAAUGGCAUGGAUUACGAUGUUGCACUCAUGAAACUAAGCAAGCCUCUUGUUUUUAAUGGAUUUGUGGAGCCCAUCUGCCUGCCUAACUAUGGGGAGAAGUUUGAGCAGGGUACUGAGUGCUGGAUCUCUGGUUGGGGGGCAAGUCAGAGCAAAGGUGGGAGCGAAAUGUUUCUACACUCGGCCAUGGUGCCCAUCCUCUCCAUAAAGACCUGCAAUCAGCCAGAGAUUCACCAGGGCCUCAUCUCACCAUGGAUGGUCUGUGCAGGAUACCUGAAGGGAGGAAUUGACGCCUGUCAGGGGGACAGUGGGGGUCCUCUGGCUUGUGAAGACUCAUCUCUGUGGAAGCUGGUUGGGGCAACGAGUUGGGGCAUCGGCUGCGCUGAAAGGAACAAGCCCGGUGUUUACACCAGGAUCACAUCCUUUCUCAAUUGGAUCAGAAUACAUAUGGAGGUCAGUCCAUAGAUCGAUGAUAGGUUGUGUGUAACACAAAGCCAUUAUGGUCUAAAUGUCUGUACCAAGAUAAGUGUGUCUUAUGCGCAUUAAUGCUGCCGGCACCAGGGAGCUGUGGUUCAUUGAGGGAAACAUGAACUCCAACAUUUACAUUUGAUGGAUGGAUCAGAUGUCAGGAUCAGGUUUUUGUUUACAUUGUUUUUCCCACAAAUAUUUGUGUGAUAUAUUGUAUGUUUCUAUUAUUUACAAAGUCAGGGAAUAAGUUGCAACAUUACUGUAUUUAAAUGAGAUCCACUAGUAGUUUUUGUUUACUUAUUCUGCCCUAUUGACUUUAUUUUGCUCAGACAAUUGUAUGCAAUAACAGGGAAUAAUUGUAUUAUUUGAGGUGUAUUGUGACUUCACACAUUAGUAAACUGUUCACAAUGAUCUUGAUAAAAAAAUAUGUUUUUGUUCAUCUUACAA